AUGUCCAACCAGCCUCAAUACUACCGGAUUACGGACUCUCUGGAAUCCCUCAAUGUUCGCAUCAGGCUACGCAAGAUAUUCGGGCGGUCCAUCAACACCAACACCGGAGCCGUUGGAAAGGUUCGACCAGGAAAAAAAGGGGACCACGGCGAUGACGUCGACAACGCGCCCGGGUCGUUCCUUCCUGGGGACGAGGCAGACAUUCGCGUCAAAUGGCAGGAAAAGGUUUUCGGCCCCGAGGAUGUUGUCACACUUUCGAGCGGCCAGCGUAGAGGCGGGAAGUCGCAGCAGCAACGCGCGGUUGGUCCUCCCGACAACGCUCUAUCCAGGCUGGAGAGGGACUAUGCGGGGCACUUGGAAGACCUCCGGCGCGACGGCGUGGACCCCUUGGAGUCGCUCUCAGAGGUGAUGCUCUUCACGUACACGGACAAGGACGGCUUUGUUCCCCCUUCCGACAAGGCUGGCGCCGCGGAAGGGGGGCUCACCACCGGGGACGGCGGGCCGUUCAGCUGCCUCGAAGAAGCGGUGACCAGCAUGCCUCGCACGGUGGCAAGUUCUUUGCUCGAGACCGCGAAGACGGCUGCAGGCGGGGGUCGAGGCGCAGGCGGAGGCGGAGCGAGUGGAAGGAAUAGCAGGGCCGGGGUGUCGGACACUGCAGCAGUUAUUCAAGCGCAUUUAGCCCGCGAGGACAAAUACAAGGUCAUGUACAUCAUGGCAGCGGUGGAUGUUGAUGUUCGCGAGGCCACCAAGGUAGCCAAGUCCAGAGCGGCAGCGCCUGGGGGGGGUUCUCGGUGGAGGCAGGGCGAGGACGGGGUGGGAAUUCACGCCCACGAGCAGGUGGUGUGCUCCAUCAAGGCGCACCAGAACGGGACGCUAGAGAUUGCACCGGGUUUUUCGGCAGAGGAGCCGGAAUCCGGAGACGAGGGGGCUUUUCUCACGGACCACACCCUCAAGGUGAUGGACAAGGAAGGCGCCCGCCUUACCACGUAUCGCUUCACAUCCCCCUCCGGGGGAGUGUUUUCCUACACCGUGGAGAACGACUCUGAGCCGGGGGGCGGAGUGGAGGAGAUAGAGGCCUGGGAGGCGGAAGAAGCUUCGCGAGACCUGUGGAAAAAGGCGUCGCGGCAACAGAACGCGGGGACACAGCUCGUCGGCGCCCCGGUGGCGGGAGGCGCUGUGGCCUUGCACGUCUUCAUGGAGAUCGUUUCCGCGAGCGGUUUCGCGGGAGUUGAUCGUCUGUACACGGAGUACGCCCUGUGUCUGCCUCGACACUGGACCAUGGCGGACGAAGAAGGCAGCCGGGGUGCAGGAGGAGGGGGAGGGCAGCACGGUAGCGGGAGAGGGGACCGGGGAGACCACACGUUUGCUUGGGAGAACGGAGGAAACGGCGACGGAAGUGGGGAUUUUGCGGCAGGAGGAACCACCCAGGUGGCCUCACAAGCCUAUCCACUCGCGGUCCCGCACCGGUCCGUCCGCUCUGCCACCACCACCACGACCAGAAAGAGCGACACCCGGAGCGGGCUUGGCCAUGGCACGUCAUCAGCUUCGGUGACGACAUUGUCAUCGUCUUCCACCAUCAACACCUACGGGAACUCCGCCAUGCCCGCUGCUUUCCAAGCACCGCCAAAGAUUGUCAUGUCCGGCGCCGCCCUACGCGCGACCUCUGCCAUUCUCCUGUGCUUUCUGGGACUGCUCGCGUCUCUCGGGGAAUCCCCCCUCUUCUGGGUGGUGCUUGGCGGGGCCGUCGUCGUUGUGGCGGCGAUAACCGGCGGCGGUAGCGGCGGGGGGGAGGGGGGAAGCCCCGUUGCGCAUUUCGGGUUUCCGGCGGAGUUUCAUUUGAUCAACGAAGAGGAGGGGGAGAUGGCCGGGAUUGGGGAACGCCCUCAGAUUUUGCUGGCUGUGUCGAGCCUGGACGGCCUCGCGAGACAUCGUGUCGAGGGCUACGGCUACGUGUCCUUUCCUAGACAGCCCGGAGCGCACGAACUACACAUCAGGACGUGGCGCCCGGUCUGCAGCAUAAGGACCCAUCUCCAGGACUUCUUUGUUGGGGGCGCCCACCGUUUGCAUGACCCGCGAUAUGCAUCAAAGCCGGGGAGCUUCAGGGGAACCUUUCUCAGCCGGUUCGGCUUUCGAACCGAAACAUCAGGGACUCUGCGAGUGAGACUGCACCUCGCAGAACAGGGACGUGUCCGCGACUUAAGGGCCGAAUCUGGAGGUGAAGGGGGUGGUCCGACCAUCGAUCUCGCGGGCACUCGCACGGUGAAGGAGAUACUGCGCGUGGUCAACGCCAAGCGCAUGGGGGUCGAGAUAGGUCGCCGCUUCAGCGCUACCGUGGACCCAGCAUCACCCUCGGCUGCCGCAGCGCCGACCACCCCCGCCGCCGGAUCUGCUGCCCCGGCCGCCGCUCCAGCCGCCUCUUCCACGGCGAAACCAAGGGAGGGCGUAGGUGGGGGGAGGGGUAUGGGAGGAGUGUCUGGUGGUGGUGUCUCACACGAUGAGGACAACGCGACGAUACCUCUGCUGGGCUCAAGAAAUCCGUUUGAAAGGACGCUGGGAGGUAAGGGGACAGGAAAAAUAGAGGCGGCAGCGCAUCUGCUGGCGACCGUUAGGGGCCAGCUGGAGCGCUCCGAGCAACGGACGAAAGGGUCGCUGGUUGAACGUGGAGGAGCCGGCGACAUGGCACCCCCCCGGUGA